AUGACUUGUGAAAAUCGCACCAGAGUCACUGAAUUUAUUCUUCUUGGUUUCACGAACAAUCCUGAGAUGCAAAUUUCCCUCUUCAUUUUGUUCCUGGCCAUCUAUGCAGUCACUUUGUUGGGCAACUUUCUUAUUGUCAUGGUUACCAGUGUGGAUCCUGCUCUUCAAACACCCAUGUACUUCUUUCUCCGAAACCUAUCACUUCUUGAAGUCUGUUUCACCUUGGUGAUGGUGCCAAAGAUGCUGGUAGAUCUAGUGUCCCCAAGGAAAAUCAUCUCUUUCAUAGGAUGUGGUACCCAGAUGUACUUCUUCUUUUUCUUUGGCAGCUCAGAAUGUUUUCUUCUCUCUAUGAUGGCUUAUGAUCGCUUUGUGGCCAUCUGUAACCCUCUCCGUUAUUCGGUCAUAAUGAACAGGUCGCUGUGCUUGUGGAUGGCUGUAGGCUCUUGGAUGUCUGGUGUUCCUGUGUCUAUGCUACAGACAGCUUGGAUGAUGGCCCUUCCUUUCUGUGGACCAAACACUGUAGACCAUUUUUUCUGUGAUGGUCCUCCAGUGUUGAAACUAGUCAGUGAGGAUACAACGAUGUAUGAAAUGCAAGCAGUUGCCUCCACAUUACUUUUUAUCAUGUUUCCCUUUUCCCUCAUUUUGGUUUCCUACACACGCAUUAUCACAGCCAUUCUGAGGNUCAGUAUAACCAACAAGGGGGACAAGCCGCAGGAGAGCGACUCGGGAAUAAGUGUGGGAGAGGAAAUUGCGAUGGCUGUGACGCCGGGCCCGGGAAUGGUGACAGCAUGUCUGCGGUGCGACCCAUGUGGCUUUACCUCCUAA